AUAAGUCAGAGUGCAGGGUAGCAGUGUACGUUUCCUCAUCCACUGCCAUCAAACCAAGAGGGCAUAAUGACUCAAGCAGCUUUUCAUUCUCAGUGAAAACUAAAGGUUUCUGAAAACUACAGAAACACAGCUCCAGAAACAUGGAUGACUCAAAAAACAUGCCCACAUGUUCCAACCAGACCUGUGAUCUGGUUGUCCCAUCAGCCAGCCCUUUCUUUAUGCUGGUCUACAGUCUGGUGUUUCUGGUGGGUUUAACCCUCAAUGGCUUCAUCAUGAAACUUUACUUUUGUGGACCUUGGCAGCAGGCGUCCAGUAACUUGAUGGUCUACAUGAAGAACCUGACAGCUGCUGACUUCCUGCUCUGCCUCUCUCUGCCACUCCGUAUCACCCACUAUGGUAGCAGCUCUCUCAUCAUUCGGAAGCUUUACUGCAGCAUUGGAGCUUCUGUCUUGUUCCUCAACAUGUACGCCAGCAUCUUAUUCAUGGGGUACAUUGCUGCCAACAGGUAUCUGAAGAUCGUUCAUCCUUCAGUAACUCACAUCCUGCAGACAUUACGAGCUGCCCACAUCAUCUCCGUGGUCACCUGGAUUUGUCUCCUGGCUCCUGCACUGACCAGCAACAUCCUGUUUUUUCUCAACCAGAAACCUCUGACCUGUAUCCCCAGCCGCUGUUUUCCUCUCUAUAGUGAAUCCGUCAGCUUGGUUCAGAAAAUCAUCCACAGCUUCUCUGCCAUCAUCUUCCUGUUGGUCCUCAUAUCCCUGGUCUUCUUCUACUACAGCACCUCCCACAGGGUGUUCCUGGCACAGCAGAGGCAGCUGACCUCCUCUGGCUCUGAGAAGCUCGUGAAGUCUCGCAGGAACAUGUUGGUUCUUGUCUCCAUCUUCUGUGUUUGCUUUGCUCCCUAUCACCUGAUUCGUCUCCCCUUCAUUUUUCUGCAGACCAGCUGCUCUGUGCGUCAGGUGUUGUACUACCUGAAGGAGGUGGCCACCAUGGUGUCAGUUUUCAACGUCUGUCUGGACCCCCUUGUUUACUUUUUCCUCUGUAAGACUGUUCGUGCCCGGGUGAGCAUGAAGAUGGCUUCCAUCAGGCCUCACAUCCAUCACAGAGACAAGCAGAUGGAGAGCAGAAAGAAGCAGCUAGAGUUGUUAAACCAAGAGUGAGACAAACCAGCGAGCUGUAAGGAAGAGCUCAACAUGUUAGAAAUCUUUUAUUGUGAAAACAGUGUCAUGUGUGUCCCAAGUUCUCAUGAACCAUAAAAGUUUGUGGUGAGCUCAGAGAUCAGUGUGAAGCUGAACUCAGCACAAACUCCCACAGCUUCUAGUACAGUGGCUGACUUAGCAUAAAUAAACUGAACCAGUCUUUGGUAUUAAACGUGUCAAACCUGAAUACCAGUUUUUCUGAAACAUUUUAACUGUCAUUUGUAUCAAGAUGAUUUGUUUACCC